CGGUCCGGUUGCGCGCGCCGUCGCCACUAAACCUGCACGGGUUCACAGUCAAAACGCAUAGCUGAGCUUGAAAAUCAAGCAGUGAGGCGUCGCACCCUUUUCUAAAGCUACCGAAACAAGUUCAAGGAAAAUGUCCGAGGUCAACCCCAAGGCGUAUCCCCUCGCGGACGCGCAGCUCACCAUCACCAUCCUGGACAUCGUCCAGCAGGCUGCGAACUACAAGCAGCUCAAGAAGGGCGCGAACGAGGCCACCAAGACCCUCAACCGCGGCAUCUCCGAGUUUGUCGUCCUCGCGGCGGACACCGAGCCCCUCGAGAUCCUCCUCCACCUGCCACUGCUCGCGGAGGACAAGAACGUGCCGUACGUGUUUGUCCCCUCCAAGCAGGCGCUCGGUCGCGCGUGCGGCGUCUCCAGGCCCGUCAUCAGCUGCUCCGUCACCACCAACGAGGGCUCGCAGCUCAAGACGCAGAUCCAGAACCUCAAGGAUGCCAUCGAGAAGCUCCUCAUCUAACGCGUCGGCAACCCUUUCGACUUUAUGUAGCAGCUCAGUACUCCAAACACGCUUGAGGCAAUUGUAAUAUUAGCCGUCGAUGAGAGCUAAA